AUGAAGAAAUGUGGGUUAAAGAUUAUGUUGAUAGCAUCUUGGGCAUUCCCGAUUUUAGUGCCCAUUCUUAGGGUUGUUCUGCCACCUUCCUUUCCCAACGCGUUCUUGGCGAUUGCGUCGUUUGCCUUCAGUUAUUUUGUUGUCAUCUUCUCAUACCUUCUGAUUAUGGUGUUCUUGCUCAUCCACAAGAGAAAAAGGAAGCGGCUGCGGGCUCGGGCAGUUUCUGUUGAUCCCUCAUCAAACCUGGAGAUCCGUGUUGCCUGCACGCUAGCCAUUGUCAUUGGUGUUUUCACAGCUUGUUGGGUCCCGUUAAUGACCGCAUUGUUUGCUGCCGGUAAAUUAUUGAUGAAGCGAAACGGCCCUCUACACAUGUGGCUCCGGAAUGUGGCUCUGUCGAACUCAGCCAUGAAUUUUCUGAUUUACUCUGCAAGAAUCCGUGACUUUAAAGACUCAUACGCAGCUAUCUUUCGAAAGAUGUGCCGUCUGUAGAGUUUGUUGCGAACUUUGCUUAUAAACAAUUGAUGUCGCUAAUAUGUUUGUGAUCUUCUCAAAGAUGCAGAAGUUCUCGAUUCCUUUUGCUAUGUCAUUAAAAGAACUUCACUUGCUUAAGGCUACUUGCUUAUUUUAUACAUUUAUAUCCCGUAGUUCUGAUUUUUUAUUAAUUGAUUUAUUUGAUCUCGAUCUGAGCAGAGUGGUGAGACAAAGUUGCACUGACUCUGAUUUUGGCCGAGUCAGUUAAAAUUAUUAACCCGCAGUAUAUGAUUAGAAUGAUACUAAUGGGCGAUAUUGAUCGUAAAACGAAAACCACGAUAGCAAUACACAAUCACGCCAUCCACGUUAAAGUUAAUAACUAAUAAGUGCUACUCUUUACGACGGUUUUAUUGCCGGUAGAGUCACGUUCGGAUCAUUCACAAAUAAAUAAAAAACUGGAAGGAAAUAUUGUUAGCAAGGUCAUAUUUUGCCGUUGUAGUUGUCAAUCUGGCUGAUCUUGCUGAGUCUUCUCAUCAACUGAUAGUUUGAGAGUUUCAGAAUGUCUGUUUCUUGUUUACGUCAUAGAACUCUUUACGUCAUUAGCAUCCGUCGCUUAUGAUAAGCGCUGGGUGCUAAUGAUAAAGGAGGUAUCAAAAAUAUAACUUGGUACCGUUUUUUCGACAUGCAGAACACCAGCCGAAAUUCCUCGAUAAACUCGAUUGGCUGUUCUCUUUCCAUGGCACAUGGUAUUCCACUUAUCAUCAUCAACGUUAUCGUCUGCGUUUUUGGAACACUUGGAAACUUCCUUGUUUGCUUGGCUAUCGCUACAAACUCUCGCCUACGCCGAGCCCCAAACUACCUCCUGUUCAGCUUAGCAACCGCUGAUCUAAUCGUCACCAUGAUAGGAGAGCCACUUCUUCUGGAAUUCAUCAGCCGGAUAACAUUCUUCCAAGAGUGUACUGCGAGUCUGCAACAAAUUGUGUAUUACGCAUUAGCCGAUCUUGCAUGCGCCAUUUCGGUCUCGCAUAUGGUGGCAAUCAGUUUCGAUCGAUUCGUUGCCAUUGCGUUUUCAUUGCGUCACAAAAUCUUCCUGAAGAAAUGGGGACAGAAGGUUAUGCUCAUAGCAUCAUGGUUUAUUCCGAUUCUUGGUGCUACUUUAUUCUUCAUCAUUUCGCCAGCUUCCUCUUCCUACAUAUCCGUCGGAUUUGGAAUGUUUGUCUUCAGCUGUUUAAGUAUUUUCGUUUUUCACUUCCUGUCAGUGGUAUUUCUACUCCACCAAAGAAAGACAAGAAAGCAGCUAAGAGCUCAAACAUUUUCUUUAAAACUCACCCCUCGCAUGGAGGUCCGUGUUGCUUGCACACUAGCUAUAGCAACCGGAGUUUUCACCGUUUGUUGGACUCCCCUUAUGUCUGCCUUUGCACCUAGUAAACCAGUUGUAAAGUGGAACGGCCCUGCACACUUGUGGCUCCAAACCCUGGCUUUGUCAAACUCAGCCAUGAACUUUCUGAUUUACUCUGCUAGAAUGCGGGACUUUCGAUAUGCAUACACCGUUAUCGCACGAACGAUACUCCGCUUGUAG